AUGGCGUCACCGACUCAUGUGCACCGCCCGGUCUCGCUGCUGCACGAUGAGCCUUACACGCCGCGCGGCUCUCUAGCCUCGCUUAUGCGCCGGCGGUCAUCUUCGAACCUGUACGCCUACGGCCGUGAUGAGGAAGAGGCUGCCGGCGGGGUAAUGACGCCCUCGGGCAUGAUGACACCUGGUGGCUCUUUUCUCGGCCGCCGUGACACGUUUAGCGACGAGGAGGAUGCGCGCCGCGCGCACGACGAGCGCCGCCUGAGCGCCAUCCUCAACAACCCGCAGAUGCGCAGCAUGCGGCUGAUUGGCAAGGCCAAACGCUACCGCUGGGAGCGGUAUUGGAAGACGGCGGAGCAGCUGUGUACCAUGACGAAGCCCCUUCGCGAGUACUACGAGCGGAACAACAUGUUGAUCCAGCAGUACCUGUACAUUGACCGACUGCUCAACUCGUCGCUGCCGCACGACCUGCUCAACGAGUACAACGAGCUUCACUCGGCAGCGAGCCGCAACGUGGCAGUCCCGGCUACCAUCCGGGAGGAGUCUUCGUCGGUGUCGCCAUCCAACGCCGGAUUCGCCCAGCUACAGGAGCGCGAGGCGGCCCGCCUUGGCGUGACGGGCGCCAGUCCCUCGAUGCAGGCGGCCGUCAAGAAGGUUACUCGGACGCCCAAGGGGAUCUACCGGCCCGCCGAGACGACACCCCUGCUCGAGGCCCACGAGGAAGACGAUGAGGACGACCACGACCCCGACUCUGACGAAGAGUUCCGCUCCCGCGCACGUUCACGGGCAGCUGCCGAAGGCACGGCCACUUCCAAUGGCAGCUCGUCCGUAUCUCUGGCGGGCAAUUGUUUUUCUGCACCCUACGGUGCGACAGCAUCCGACAGCGCCAGCCAGGCGUCCGCCCGGGCGAAAGCCAGCUGCGUGGACACCGGCGGCCCCGGUAGCAAGUCCCCGACGCUGGCCGACAUCCCGCUGCUGCUCGAGGACGAUGAGAACGUGGACAGCUCGGCGCCCAUUGUCACGCUGGCCAUCUACAUCAACCUGGCCGCCAAUGCCAUCCUGUUGGCCGGAAAAACCGCUGUCGUAGUCUCCGUGCCGUCCAUCUCCGUCUUGGCCAGUUUGGUGGAUGCCGUGCUCGACUUUUUGUCGACGGCGAUUGUGUGGACGACAACGUGGAUGAUCAGCAACCAAGACCAGUACCGGUACCCCGUGGGCCGGCGGAGACUGGAGCCGCUGGGUGUCUUGGUGUUCUCGGCCAUCAUGAUCACGUCGUUUGUGCAGGUCAUGCUGGAGGCUGUGCAGCGGCUGGCAUCCGAGGACCGCGAGAUCAUUGAGCUGUACGCUGGCCCGCUUUUGCUUCACCUCUUGGAACUUUACGUGAGCUUGACUGACACUCUACUAUGUAGGGGCCUCCCUGCCAUCAUCAUCAUGGCAAGCACGGUCGUCAUCAAGGGUCUUUGUUGGCUGUGGUGCCGACUUGUGAAGAACUCGAGUGUGCAAGCAUUGGCGUCCGAUGCCAUGACGGACGUGAUUUUCAACGCCGGCUCUAUUGCUUUUCCAAUUGUCGGCUUUUAUGCACGCAUCUGGUGGCUCGACGCCCUCGGCGGUCUGCUCCUCUCCAUGGUUGUCAUCUACAACUGGUCACGGACAUCCAUUGAACACAUUAAGCAUCUGUCUGGCUUCUCUGCGACGGCCGACCAGAGAAACAUCUUGCUCUACUUGACCAUGCGUUUCGCCAAGACGAUCAAGGCCAUCCAGGGCCUGCAGGCAUACCAUGGCGGCGACAAGCUGAUUGUGGAGGUGGACAUUGUGCUCGACGCCAACAUGUCGCUCAAGGACAGUCACGACUUGAGCGAGAGUUUGCAGUACGUCAUUGAGUCGGUGCCGAUUGUCGACCGAGCCUUUGUGCAUGCUGAUUAUGCCGACUACAACCUGCCAACGCACAUGGAGCAGCAGGCUGAGUAA